AUGCCGAGUCUCGACGUCUCCGAGCUCAAUAUUGUCCUGGCCAUCUUGGGCACCUUUAUCGUGCUCUAUGGCAUCAUCUCGGUCAAGAUCAAGCAGAGAUGGUAUCUUGGCGAAGCCUUGCCGGCUGUCGCCAUCGGCGUCGUCCUGGGCCCUAUAGCUGCCAAGUUCCUCGACAGUGAGAGAUGGGGCUCGGCCGAAAGGGGACAGACUUCUGAAAUCACUCUAGGCGUUACCCGAGUAAUGAUUGGUCUUCAACUAGUCAUCGCCGGCUACCAGCUCCCUGCGAAGUAUAACCUAACGCGGUGGAAGGAAAUGACCAUCUGUCUACUCCCGGUUAUGACCAUUAUGUGGCUCUGCACGACCCUCUGCAUAAUGGCUACAGUGCCUAAGCUUACUCUGCUGGCUGCCCUCGUCAUCGGCUCAUGCGUUACUUGCACCGACCCUAUCCUUUCGCAGGCUAUCGCCAAAGGCCCCUUCGCCGAUAAGUACGUUGCACGUCCUCUUCGUGAGCUUAUCUCGUCCGAGGCCGGUGCGAACGACGGGUUCGGCUUCCCGUUUCUUAUGCUCGCCGUCUACCUUAUCCGUUAUGCCGACAUUCCUAGGGCGGGCGGCGUCGGUGUGGCUAUGAAGAACUGGUUCCUUGAAACCUGGCUCUACAUUGUUCUUCUGUCCGUCUUAUAUGGCGCAGUCGUCGGCUACGGCUCAUGCAAGGCUAUUAAGUUUGCUCUCCGGAGAAAAUGGAUCGAUGGAGAAUCAUAUCUCCUAUUCCCAGCUGCUCUAGGCAUGUUCCUUGUGGGCACCUGCGGCGCCAUCGGAACAGACGACCUCUUGGCCUGCUUUGUUGCCGGCAAUGCCCUUAACUGGGAUGGCAGAUAUCUCGAGGAGACGGAAAACCGCCACGACGAAGUCAACUCUUGUAUCGACGUUUUGCUUAACUUUGGUCUUACCUACGGUCGCCUAUUUCUCUUAGGCUUCAUGGUAUUGAUUUUCCGCCGUAUCCCUUCUAUUCUUAUCACCUAUAAGCUUAUGCCAGAUGUUGUUAAGAACUGGAAGGAAGCAUUGUUUAUGGGAUACUUUGGGCCCAUCGGCGCCGGCGCUGUCUUCUACCUCGAGCAUACCCGCCACCUAUUUCCCAAGCCGGGAGAGGGCGAUAGGGAGGAGACGGAAUUGAUGAGGGCUAUUGGGCCCGUGGUAUACUGGCUUGUUCUCUUUUCUAUCGUCUUUCACGGCCUCUCUAUUCCGGCCUUAAACCUGAUCUACUCAUACAUGGGAGUUAAGCCGAUUCGAGACGACGCCGUCGAAAUCCGCCGCGUUUCGAUGCGGGUGGCAACGCCUACUAACGCGGUCCCCGGCGACAGAAGUACUUUUAUCGCCUACAACCGCUUCAGCAGGCCUAUCUUUGAUCCAUCCACGCUCCCAGUGACGAAGGAAUCAUUCGAAUCGAUGGAUAACGACUGGUCAGGCAACAACUAUCUAAAGGAUGCAAAAGGUUUCCCUCCCGAGAACGAGUACAAGUGGAAGCUUAACCCAUCGACAAACCCUGACAAGGGCGGACCGAGGAUUCGAUACGCGGAGUAG